AACCAGUUUACAUCUCAAGGCAACAAACUGAUUCCUGACAGUCCUGCAGAGCGAGCUGUGAUGUACCAACGCAUGAUGGAGGCUGUCUCCCUCACCGAUAAACUCAACUCUGUUAUCUACUACGACUGGUUCGUCCCUGAAGAGGAGCGCCACGACUCAGCUGU